UGGGGUAGUUGAUCAUGUACUACUGAUGGUGGUCUCUCACCUACGUUAUCAAUUGGUGCUGCACUUGUGUAUUCAAAAUUUAGGAUCAUGCCAUAAACAUGUAUGCCAACUCCUAUUGAAUAACAAUAGAAGUGCAUUAGAUGGUUAUGAAGUCCCUUCACAAUCAACACCAGGCAGUUUCUGUCAUUCCUGUUUAGAUCAAAGGAGAGAGAAAUGAACAGACAACUGAUAAAUUUAGCAAACAAAUCUAAAGAGACAACCAGAAAGUUUACUUUCAAGAGAUGUUUCCAAAGGCUGUAGAUCAUAAACUUUUUGAGCUUGAUUAAUCAAAUAAUUAAUAACUGUUAACAUCCAAGGAUGGGCUGAGUUCUAAGUUAAGCUCUGAUAACCUUAGCUCAUUCGCAAAUGACAGUGUGUUGUAACCUUGUCAAUUUUAUAGCCAUCAGAAGUUAUCGUCGUUUUAACUUGCAAAGACAAGCCAUAAAUCAAUGAGCUUCCAUAAAAACUAUCAUUUUAGGGCAGUAUGUAUCAGGCCAUCUCACUUAAAGGAGCAAAGAUAAGUGAGACACACCAUAUGCUGAAAGAAGCUUAGCUCUUGGGAAAAACUUGAUGGCAUCUCUUAUACACCCAGAGAAAAAUCUUAAGAUGUAGUAUUAGGCAGCUAAAACCAUAAAUAUGAUAGGUAGUAAAAGCAAUAUGGUGAGUUUCAAAGGAAAACAGAGUUAUGCAUCUUAGGCAGGGCAUUGGUACUAAGCUGUCCAAGUGUUUUAAAGUGAAUAUAACAGGCAUUUACAUGGACAUUUAAACCUUAAACUAAAACAAAUAUAGCUGUAGCAAAAUCUUCCAUGACUAUCGAGGUUGGACAUCAUUAGUUCAUGCUGAGAAAUGCAUUCCUACAGUUGAUAACACAAAAGUAGAAUAUUCCAAGAAUUAUCAAUUACAAAGGGUUCAGUACUUCAGUUAAUCCAUCUUGUAAUCUGUUCAUAUAUUGAUUGGGGGCAUAGAUAACUCUCCAGCCAGGCAAAAAUAACAUAACUUCUUAAUAUUUGUCCCCACAUUCCAGAUUGGACCGAAUCCUCUACCUGAUCAAGGAAAGUAAACUGGCCAUUAUUGCAAGGGACGGUGAUUAAAGAAGUCACAUGGUAUUGCUCUAUGCCUUCAAGGGCUGAUUUAGCCUCAAAUUUGGGUAUUAAGACAUGGCAACCUCCAAGCAGUAGGAUGGUCAUGGCAGAUGACAAACUGCCAAUAUGGCAAAGUGCAGUAUGCAGACAAACCUACAACAAUUGAAAAAUUCAUUUCUCCAUUAAGCAGUAUCUUAGUGAAACUCUGCUGCAUACAUCAUCCUCACUGUAACCAACAAUGACAAUUUUUGCUAAGUAUUGUAUGAUCAAAGCUGAAUGGCUUAUGGUAACUCCUUUCGACUUUCCAGUGGUUGCUACAGCCAAGAAACCAUUAGCCAAAACUUGAUGUACCCUGGAAAGUUGCUGUCAAGUUAAAUCUCUUUUGAGGAAGAAACUUGAACAUAUGGAAAAACUGAUGAAUUACAUUGUAGCAUUAUUUUAGUUUCUAAUAAUGUUUCUCUUCUGUAACUUCACAUAGAUUCAGCAUUCAAGUGAUUGUUUGAGUAACACAUAAAUCAACUAUAUCCAAAGAAGUCAGGAAAAAUCAAGUUGAGAGAAAAUUAUUCAGAUGAAGCCAGCACUGCACCGUUUUCGGCAUGAAUCUUUGACAAAUUAAAAAUCCUAGCAAGUGUUCCUGUGACAGAACAUCAUUCUGAAAAUUUAAGCUCUGUUUUUUUUGUUGUUCAAGUAAUUCACACAUCUUCAAUCAAAAUGAUGAAAGUGCUGAAUUUAUGGAGUAUAAAUUUACGGCGAUGCUUUUGAAAACUAAUUAAAUCACCCAUUGCUUAUAGAUAAACCAAAAAAGGGGAAAAUUUUGAGAUACACAAAACUGCCCUAUGAAGACAUCAUCAGGAAAAUAUAUCAAAUAAGCUAUAGUUUAUACCUGAAGUGAAGCAUAUUAUAACAGUGCCCUCAGGUGCCCAUGAAUAAUUUGGUGGUUCAUUUUCCACAUAAUGCUGCAUUGCUGCUUGAGUUUUGCAAUAGUUAAUAUUGCAAAAAUUAUGAACAAACAAUGAUACUACUACAAGCAAAUAAACAAGUGAACGUGUUGCUCAUCAAAUACCUCUAAACUACAAUCUCCAGAUGUCAAUAAAAUUACUUACCAUUCCACUUACAGGAAGAACUUGAAGAAGGCCAGUCCACUUUAAUGAAUUUAUGGCACUAUCCUCGAGCUCUGAAUAUCAGUAGCUAGAGCUCUCAUCAGUUCACUGGCCUUGUAGUCAACAUUGCUACUUUUGCCUCCUCAAAGCUCCGCAAGUUAAAAGUGAAUCACAGCAUCAGUGCAAUAAGAUGAGGCAGAAAAAAAUGUUCGAUAGUUUACUGAAAUAAAGUUCAGGGAUGAUGCUCUUUUCUAUUUGAUAUACAAAGAUAUCAGCCAACUCAAGUCAAGGGCUCGCAAUUCCUCCCAAGCAUUGACAAACAAAAAUAAAUCAUAUUUCCAGGCACUUACCUAAUUUAUAUUUGAAGAAACGUCUAAUGGUCUCAAAUCCACUAGUUCAAACUCAGUUGACAUAGUAUUAUAUGUUAAUCUUUUUGUCACACUUCUCCUAACUUAAACUAACAAGACUGAAGCCAUUCAGUAGUUAACAUACAUGCACACUGCAAUAAUAUUAAAUCUAUACUCAUCAAAGUUUCAUAAUUCAAAUAUUAGAGAAUCACUCUUUCAAAUAUUUAUUAUUUCAUCUGGACUUGAACAAUCAAAUUCUUAUGAUUCAAUAAUUCAUGUAAUAGUUUUGUAAUCCUCUGUACAGAAAUCAGCUAUCACAGGAAGCUUUGUUGGGUUUAAUUGAUACCCAUAGAGAAAGAUACCCUAAACCCUAAACUGUUAAGAACUCGAAUAAAGAUAUUGGUUUUCCACUGCACUAAAGACUGCAUUUUUAGUAUGUUUUGCUGACAAAAGAGAUCAAUUAGGGCAACUGAAUUGUAAAUGAUGUACUACCUAACCACUCCAAGUACCAAUCACUGAAGCAAAAUCAAAUGCAACCAUCAAAACAAUGAAAACAUACAGAAUUCAACAUUUCUUUCAAACCUAUUGAAAGCAGAGAUUGGCAACGACAAAUAAGAAAAUGGUGAGUGGAGCUUUUUGAAAAAGGUGGUCCACCACCGACAAAAGUCAUUGAGCACAAGAGACGACACCGUUUAUCUGCAUCUCACAACAUGAACUAAUAAUUAUGUCUUCUGUUCAACUCAGUAUAACUUCACUUCCUUCAAUUCCCUCAACCCGUCUCUGAACAGCUCAAUUCGCUAUGGCAUCCGCAACAGUGAUGGUCCUGGUCGCCUUCUGCGUGCCGUUGAUUUCGAUCAUGAUCAUUGGAGAGCUCUCGAGUGCGCGAGAACUACGACCGUCCAAUCACGGGCUACAGAACCAAGGGUUCCAGCAGCUGGCGCCGGAGGAAUCGCCGGAGAUGAAAGAAUUCUUCAGAGCGUCGUCACCCGACGUGGCAUUGCCGAGCGCAAUGAAUUCAUACAAUUCGACGCCUUGGACGAUCGGCGAUGGAGGUGGAGAUGGAGGAGGCGGAAAGGAUCACGUGAGGCACGUGCUGGUGGUUGCGAGCUUGGUGUGUGGGGUCAUAGGUGUGACGUUAUUGGUUGCUUCCAUAUUAAUCUAUCUGUUUAGGUUUAAAUUAAACAGACCAAAAACCUAAAUUAAUUUUGUUGGUAUUGAUUUCAAAAUCCUAUUGUAAAUAAUUUAAUUUUUAGAUUUAUAAUUAAUAUUAAAUUUUUCUUUUUCUUUUCCAUAUUUAUUGUUUCUCUCUGUAGCUUGUCCUGGGGUAAGUUGGAUUUCUUGAGAUUGAUUUUUUUUCCCUGAUUCU